AUGUUCUUCAUUGGACAACUUUUCAUUAUUAUCACAUCUAUCAUGUCGACGGCGUCACGAAAUUGGAUCGCCUACGCGUUCAUUCAGGGAAUGAACUGCUUCCUCUACGGAGUCAUCGAGGGCUGGCAGAAUUUCUUCGUAUUUUUGAAUUUGGUAUCGUCACCGCUUACUAUUGGUUUCAUGUUAUUCCAUGAAUCACCACGAUGGUUGAUCGCUACUGGAAAACUUGACAUGGCCUGCAGUGUUCUUAAUGAUAUCGCACAUCAGCGUUGGAAUAACACCAAGGCGCGCUUCACCACCACCGACAUCUCAUUUAUUCACAAAAAUGAUAAGAAACGCUGCUAUACGUUUUAUCACCUGUUCAGUUCACCUCGUCUUGCCAAGCAAUCAUUAAUGCAGAUUUUAUCAAUGUUCACCUACGCUUUGGUCACCAAUACGUAUUUGUGCACAGUAGGACGAGUGCACGACUCUGCUAUCAUGUUCAUCUUUCUUGACGGUAUCUUUCGUCUCUUCACGCCAUUUAUCAUAAUCUUUCUCGACCUUUAUAUACCUAGAUUUGGACGAAAAAUUCAAUUUAUCGGUGCUCUUGUAAUCGAAGCUGUACUCUUCGGCAUUAUCAUUCUGUUAAUUUCGAGUGGAUACGACUACAGUCAUAUCUACGUUACGAUCCCGGUGAUCAUCUCCAUAAUGAUUAACGACUGUGUGUUCUGGAUUAAUAUCGUUCAAAUCACUACGCAGCGUUAUCCUACUGUAAUUCGUUCGAUCGCAUUCGGAUCGCUACAUUCGAUCAAGCACAUCGGUUCGAUUGCCGCUAUUCUUGUUGUGACACCGUUACUGUCAUCAUGGACAUUGGGAGCUUUCGUUAUUCCGGAGAUUUUCGUCAUUAUCACCAUCGUCAUCGGUUUAUUUCUACAACCAGAAACUAAAGGAAAAGCCCUUAUGGAUCAAAUAGUUGAAGCGAAUUAUGGACGACUUGAGAAUGAGUUGCCUAGAGCGCUGAUUAGAUUAGCAGCUGGUCAUAAGGUGGCACAAAUGGAGUUACGUGAGAAGUACCGAAGAGAACUGGAAGCCGUUCAGUCUGCAAACCGUGCCGGACAUGAAAUUGACAGCCCAUGGAUUUUUAGGGUUUGGUUUCUCUAA